AUGUUGUCAUUGAAACAUAACAAAUGCGACAAUAAAAAAAGUUUUGCAGUAAAAGCUGGAAAAGAAAUCUGCGGCGUUUUCAUUCAAGUCAUAACAUUGAAUCAAUUAAGCUCAAAAAGUUUGCAGGAUGGAAAAUCAAAAUUCGAAACAUUACGUGAAAAAACAAAGUUUAAAGUUCAAACACCACCGAGUUCAGCAACAGCAUUAUUGAAUGUGCAAAUACAAAAGACUUUUCGCAUUGUUUGUUUUUCCGCGGAGCUUAAGGCAAUGCGUUCAAUCGCGCGUCAUGAAUUACAAAAGCUUAAAUCGAACCCAAAUCGAUUAUCAAAAUUAUUCUCAAAGCAUUUACCAACAGAGAAAUGUUUCAUGAGCGCGCCCCGAAGGGUCAGCUUCCGUUCAGUAAAAUCAUAA